AUGUCUACAGGAAUUUCGUUCUUACUUGCAGGAAAUUCAAAUCUGACAGCUGAAAAACAAUUCAUUCGAUUCUUUCUAUUUGUGCAUCUGGAUUAUUUUGGAAAUAAAGGACAAACGUCAGGAGCCUAUCCGAAUGCGCAAAUGAAUCCUUCGAUACCAAAAAAUGCCAAUAGUCGAAUUCAGUCAUAUAAACAUCAUGGCAAAGAUACAGACGAGCUUCGGCGUCGACGUAAUCAAUACAAUGUUUCAUUAAGAAAAAAUAAACGUGAUGAACAGAUACAAUUUAAACGGAAUCUCAUAGUGGAAGAUAGUCUGUCAGAUAACGAUGAUAUUGAUGACGAUUGCGAACAACGUCGACAAUUGAAUUUGAAUGAGAUUAUAGUCAAAUCCCAACAUACAGAUCUGACGAUAUGUUUCGAAGGUGUUCGUGCAGCGAGAAAACUUCUUUCGAUCGAUCGUAAUCCACCGAUUGACGAUUUAAUUCGCUUAAAUUUUCUUCCAAUUCUCGUUCGAUGUUUAACUUACGAUCAAUAUCCUGAAUUGCAAUUUGAAGCUGCAUGGGCAUUAACGAAUAUUGCAUCGGGAAAUUCUCAACAAACACAAGCCGUUGCUGACGCCAAUGCUCUGCCAUAUCUCCUUCGUUUACUACAUUCACCACAAUCGAAUGUUUGUGAACAAGCAGUUUGGGCUUUGGGAAAUCUCAUUGGUGAUGGUCCAAGAUUACGUGACUAUGCAAUUGAAUUAGGUGUGAUUCCACCGUUGAUAGAAUUCAUUCAAAAAGAUAUUCCUGUUACAUUUCUUCGAAAUGUUACAUGGGUUAUCGUUAAUCUAUGUCGUCAUAAGGAACCACCAUUACCAAUCAAUUCUGUUCAAGAUAUUUUGCCUGCAUUAAAAUAUCUUCUCUCAUUUGUGGAUGUUACUAUCCUGGUGGAUUGUACAUGGGCAUUAGCGUAUCUUUUAGAUUCGGGGAAUAAUAUAAUUCAAUUGGUGGUUGAAACAAGUUUGAUACCUCAGAUCGUGAAAUUAUUAAAUCAUAGCGAAAUCAAAAUCGUGACUGCUGCUCUGCGAGCUGUCGGAAAUAUCGUGACUGGUACAGAUGAACAGACACAACUUGUAAUUAACCAGGGAGCGUUAAAUUAUUUUCCGAAGUUACUCAAACACCAAAAAGAUAAACUCAACAAAGAAGCUGUCUGGUUUCUAUCGAAUAUCACAGCUGGCAAUCAACAACAAGUUCAAGCAGUGAUUGAUGCUCAACUUAUACCCGAUGUUAUUCAUCAUUUACAACAUAGUGAAAUUCAGACACAGAAAGAAGCAGCUUGGUGUAUAUCAAAUCUAACGAUGAGUGGCUCUACACAACAGAUUCAAUAUGUUGUCCAACAACAUGUAGUUCCACCUCUAUGUAAUCUCUUACAGCAACAUGAUGCUCAGAUUUUACAAGUUUGUCUCGAUGCAAUUCAUAAUAUUCUUAAACAAACUUCAGCAGAGAAUCUCGAAGCUGUGGUUACCGAAAUAGAAGAAUGCGGAGGACUUGAUAAAAUCGAAAAUCUUCAAACCCAUGCAAAUAGAGAAAUCUAUCAACAAUCUUACGAUAUCAUCGAGAAAUACUUUUCAGCAGAUAAUGAUGAUGAUAUAUGUUCGAUGAGUCAAGUGCCUGGUAUUGAAGAAUUUCCGUUUGGUAAUAAUAGUACUAAUCAAACUGUACCUGAAACUAAUCUACAAUUUCAAUUCUAA